UCUCUUGGAGAAAGAAGGCUUGGAGUUUGGGAAAGGAGAACGAGACCAGAGAGUAUGGAAACUGGGGAAUAUUAUGAACGUAUAUCUACCAACGACCACGAUUACAGCGCAGCACCGCAGCCCGCGUUUGUUGACUUGGUUCUGGAAGAAAACGAAAGGCUUCGCGAAGAAAUCGACCAUGUGAGGCAGCAGAUGGAACAGAUGUCACUCAAACAGCGUUUUGGGCUUCAGCGAUUUACCGGUUCUGACAGUGACAUCCGUUUCUAUACCAGGUUUUCAUCUUAUGAUCAUCUGAUGCGGUUUUGGCAGGUUAUUGAACCAUCACUGAGAUUCAUGGUUCGAGUAACCAGAGCAGGAACUGCAAACAUUGAAUCUGAAAAGCAAAGUGCUUCCAUGUCCUUACAGGCAAUAGAUGAACUGUUCCUCUUCCUGAACUACCUUGCCCUUGGUCUGAAGCAGAGGGACCUAGCUGAGCGGUAUGGGGUGCAUCAAUCUACUGUAAGCAGAAUCAUUCUGACCUGGAGCAAUUUCCUGUUCUCUGUUCUUGGUUCACAAUGCAUUUGGAUGACUCAAGACAAAAUUAAGGAACACUUGCCAUCAGAGUUUGAAGACUACCCAGACACCACCACAAUUCUGGACUGCACAGAGCUCCGGUGUCAAACACCCUCCUCCCCUUUACUUCAGAGUGAGGUAUACUCAAACUAUAAGUCCCACUGUACCCUGAAGGGUAUGAUUGGCAUGGCCCCCCAUGGUGCUGUAACCUUUGUUUCCUCCCUUUUUGCCGGCUCAGUAAGUGACAAACAGAUCUUUGUAGAGUCAGGUAUUCUUACUCUGCUUAGGCCAGAUAUGGCAAUUAUGGUCGACAGAGGCUUCCUUGUGGAUGACUGUGUGCCCUGUAAGGUGUACAGGCCUGCAUUCCUCGCUGGGAGACCUCAGAUGCCAAAGCACGAGGUCAGGGAGACCCAAUCUAUUGCACAUCUCAGAGUGCACAUUGAGCGCCUAAUUCGUAGACUGAAGGAAUUUAAAUUCUUUGAUACGGUCAUCCCCUUAAACAUGUUUGGGAGCAUAAAUCAGCUUUAUGCAGUUGCAUGCCUACUGUUAAAUUAUCAGAGUGGGCCACUUGUAAAAGCUUGGGCUAAGUAAAAGUGCCUCUUGUUUUUAUCCUCUCUUAAUCCUUGUAAAUAUAUCUUAAACAUGCCUCUAGAUUUCUUCUCUGUAUAUAUCAUUCAU